AUGACGGUAUUCCUUGGUAUUUAUAAAGCAAUUUAUAAUUAUGAGCCUCAAACUCCUGAAGAAUUGGCUAUCCAGGAAGAUGAUCUGUUGUACCUAUUAGAGAAGUCGGACGUAGAUGAUUGGUGGACCGUCAAGAAAAGAGUGAUUGGUUCAGAUGCAGAAGAACCUAGUGGGUUGAUUCCAUCGAAUUAUAUUGAGGAAGCUACUGUUAUUAAACAAGUUAAAGCCCUAUAUGAUUAUCAUGAUAUUCAGAAUCCUGAUGAAGAGUUAGUAUUCAAUGAGAAUGAUGUUUUCGAUGUUUUCGAUGACCAAGAUCAGGACUGGUUAUUGGUUAAAUCGAUAAAAAUAACACUAUUUGGUUUUAUUCCAGGUAAUUAUGUAGAAGAAGUCUCUGGAGGUGCUGCUUCUACUGCUGCUCCACCUAUCACUUCUACGUUUACGCCUGCCGCGGCUCCUGCUACUGUUGCUACAAAUACAGUUGACAUAUCAGCUUUACCACCUCCACCACAGCAUAAUGCUAGGUCUGAAUUAGCGGAAAAAACUAAAGAGAAGGAAGAUGUUCCGCCCUCGAUGCCAACUCGACCAACAGGAAAUAAUAAAACUCAGAGUUAUGAUGAUGAUGAGGAAGAGGAAGCUCCACCAGCUAUGCCAGACAGAUAUACCACUCGUGCAGCUGAUAGGUACGAUGAUCAUGAGUAUAGUAAUACACGUAAUAGAUCUCGUAGCAGAGUUUCUCAUUAUGAGCCUGAAGAAGAAGAAGAUAAUGAUUUCGAUCAGCAACGUUCAGACCAAGGAUUUAAUUCACGUAGUGGAAGCUCUAACUUACAUACAUGGAAUGUUUCCGAAAUUGAUGGCCGUAAGAAACGUAAAAUGAAGAUUUCAAUAGGCAAUGGUAAAAUUUUCUACACACCACAGAAAGGCAAUCCAGAAGAAUGGACAUUUGAUAAAUUAAUCUCUUAUGAUAAUGAAAAGAAGCAUCUAUUUUUAGAAUUCGUCGAUCCUUAUAAGAGUUUAGAAGUGCAUACUGGUAAUAAUGAAACUUGUUCCGAAAUUUUAUCAUAUAUUGGUGAAUUUAAAGGUGCAUCUCGUGAUCAAGGUAUUCGUGAAGUCGAAAUGGCAUCAAAAUCAAAGAAAAGAGGUAAUGUUAUAUUAGAUUUUGAAGCUGAAGCAAAUGAUGAGUUAAGUGUUAGAGUCGGCCAAGUAGUCUAUAUUAUUGAUGAUCAAAAAUCAAGAGAUUGGUGGAUGUGCGAAGCUGUUGACACAGGUAAAAGAGGGAUUAUACCCGCUCAAUUUAUUGAACCAAUCUCGGAAAAAUCAAGUCAUGGUGGGGGUCUCUUCAAAUCUUUGAAAAGAAUGACUAAAUCUUCUCAUAAAUCAUCUUCCAGUAACUGGCAAGAUGAUGAAAGUGAAAACAAGGGUAAUAGAAGUAGAUCAGGCUCGAGAUCUUCAAGAAAGAGAUCUUCAUCAAAUGCUAGACAAGAUCAAACGGAAUUACCAAAUCCGAAGAAAACUCGUAUUUGGGAAGAUAGAUCCGGUACAUUCAAGGUUGAAGCUCAGUUCAUUGGUUGUAAAGAAGGAAAAGUUCACUUACAUAAAUCUAAUGGUGUUAAAAUUGCAGUGCCUGCCGAUAAAUUAUCAAAUGAAGAUUUAGUUUACGUUGAAAGAUUGACUGGGUUCAGUUUAGAUAAAUAUAAACAAGGUAGAGGUGGUGAUUCAAAUAGGUUGGGUUCAGAUCCAAGAGAAUCAGAAAGGGAAAGAAGAAGAAGAUUAAGAGAACUGGAUGAGAAAGAACGUGAUAGAAAGUUGAGAGAAAGAGAAAUUGAUGAACUGCAAAAGGCAAGAACUUUAUUAGAUCAAGAAAGAUCUAAGUUACAAGAUUAUAACAACGUACCACCAAGUAAACCUCCUAGACCUAAUUCUAUGUCUGGGAGCAAUCGCUCAGGUUCACAAUCUGGUUCCCAAGCUAAUGCAAACUCUUAUGAUUGGUUUGAAUUUUUCCUAAACGCAGGGAUCGAUGUUACCAGUUGUCAGAGGUAUACCUCCAAUUUUGAUAAGGAACGUAUUACUGAAGAUAUGCUGCCUGAUUUCAAUGAUUCAAUGUUAAGAACUUUAGGUUUACGUGAAGGUGACAUUGUUAGAGUUAUGAAAUAUGUUGACACUAAAUUAGGAAGAGAUUCUCAAAAACAAGUCCCUGCUGCUACUGGCAAUAUGUUUUCUGAGGCCGAUGGUUCUUUGAAGAAUAAUAAUGAUCAAACACAGCCACCAGUUUCAACUCAGCUAUUGCCACAACAAAAUAUUGCAACUCAACCAAACAUAGUAGAUGAUGACUCUUGGACUGUUAAACCAGCGGCUAAAUCAGAAGUUGCAUCUGACUUGAAUAAAUCAGAAUUUACUGGUUCUAUGCAAGAUUUACUUGAUUUAAAACCAUUAGAACCUAAGAAAGCAGAUGUUGCACCAACUGCUAGCGUUGUAGCUCCUGCCCAAGCGACUGCUACUACUGCUACUACUACUACUACUACUACUACUACUCCAUUAACAUCGUCUAUCACUGGAGGCCCUUUAUCUUUAGCACCACUUGAUCCAUUUAAGACUGGUGGUCACAAUCUGCUUCCAAUAUCCACUGGAUUUAUAAUGAUGCCUAUUGCAACUGGAGGUGCAAUGGUGCCUAUUACCACUGGAGGUGCGAUGAUUCCACAAACUACGUUUGGUGCACAGUUAACUGGUGGUGUUAUGCCAUUACAAAAAACUGGUGGUAUGAUUCAACCGGUUAUUACUGGAGGUGCUAUGCCUGCAACGUCAUUUAAUCUCCCACCUUCGGGAACUAUUUUACCAGUUCAGAAAACUGCAAAUGGUUUGGUGGGAAGUAAUGCUAUGGGAGGUAUGAUGCCAAUGCAAAACCAUUUGACUGGCAGUAUGAUGCCUCAAACAUCGUUUGGAGCUCCUCAACUAACAGGAGGUAUGAUGCCAAUGCAAAACCAAUUGACUGGCGGUAUGAUGCCUCGGACAUCGUUUGGAGCUCCUCAAAUGACAGGAGGUAUGAUGCCUCAGACAUCAUUUGGUGGUGCACAAUUAACUGGUAAUAUGAUGCAACAACCUAUGAUGCAACAACCUAUGAUGCAGCAAUCUAUGAUGCAGCAACAGAUGAUGAAUCAAGCUACAGGUGGUUUCCAACCUAAGUCUCAGUUUGGUAUGGAAUUGCAAAAAACUGGUAAUGCAAUGAACCAACUACCGGUUUUUAACAAUAAUACGAGUGGCAUAACCCAGGGUAUGCAGAAUAUGUCUAUGCAACAGCCACAAGUACAACCUUUACAAAAUCAACCAACUGGCUUUGGCUUUGGUAACGGACCUCAACAAACAUCAGGGCAAGCCAACUUAAUGAAUGCAAGCGCUAGUAAUCCUUUUGGAUUUUAA